GCCGUCAGUCGCGCCGGGACGCUGGCACUGGGCGGAGCGGAGUGGUGCUGUACGCGCGGCGCCGCCUGCCCGCUGGGUUCGCGUCUCGCUACGAGCGCCAUGACCCCACGCCAGCAGUGAUCGCCUGUUUUCUCCAGUGUUGAAGUGUGCGGCUCUAGUUCCCCCCUUUGUGUUUUAGUGCUUAUUUUGUGUUGUUUUUUUUGUUGGCUUUGCUGAUUGAGUGUAAAAUUUACGCGAAAACUUUUCGACAUGGAUAGCAACACAGUAAUUGAAGGAACAGUAAAGUUUCGUGAUGGAAAGAAGGGGUCAUUUGGUCGGCAUCGAUCGGAAUUGAACGACAAUCAAUUCCACGGCGGAAGCGAGCUGCGCCUGGAAGCCGAAGUGGGGAUGUCGUCGGGUACUGACCUGCCUCGUCUGUCUCCCGCCAAUGACGUGGGAGUGGAAGGUUCUCGCGACGUUGAGGUGUUUGGUGUGGAGGCGUUUGGACAAAUUGCCCUAUUUUACGUUGGAAGCGUUAACUUCGCCAUAACUAUCUUGUUUUUAUGUAAUAUAAUGGUAAAUAGUAAUAAUGAUGAUGAUGAUGAUGAUGAUGAUGAUGAUGAUGUUUAUAUGUCAAAAUACCAAAUAAUAUAUUGA